AUGGCAGAUACGGAAGUUAAUAUAUACGCUGAUUCGCGGACCUAUUACAGCACUGAUGAGGUAACAAAACCUCGUAAAUUCUUGAUAGAUGUGGAGGAAACUAAGCGUCAAAUCCUAGAACAAGAAGAUACUGAUGGAGAUAAUCAGAUCACUAUUCACGAUAUGGGCCCUAAAACUUUACCUGUUGGUACUCUUGAUUCAGGUGGUCAUAGAAAAUAUGAGAUUAGAGGUACUUAUAUGAUUAGUAAUCUUUUACAAGAAUUGGCUCUAGCAGAAGAACAUGGACGUAAACAUAUAAUUUUGGAUGAAGCUCGGCUAAAUGAGAAUCCGGUUAAACGUUUAUCUCGUAUGAUUAAAACCAAUUUCUGGGAUGGUUUGACAAGAAGAAUAGAUGCUGAAGGAUUGGAAAUAAUUUGUGCGGAUCCUAAAAACAGAACAGCUGAUCAUUCACCUCGUAUUUACAUUCCUUAUAACGAGGAUGAACAAUAUCAUUAUUAUACUAAUUUAGCUGAAACUCGACCACAUUUGAAUUUACAAGUUGAAAAACUACCAAAAGAAAUCACUCCGGAAUAUGUUAAAAGUAUUAAUGAUCGACCUGGAAUUCUUGCUUUAGCCAUGCAAAAACAUGUUGAUAUUCAAGGAAAUAUUACUUUAAAAGGUGUACCAUUCAUUGUACCUGGAGGUCGUUUUAAUGAAAUGUAUGGUUGGGAUUCUUAUUUUGAAACUCUUGGUUUAGUUUUAGAUAAUAGAGUAGAAAUGGCAAAAGGAAUGGUAGAUAAUUUUGUUUAUCAAAUAACACAUUAUGGGAAGAUAUUAAAUGCGAAUAGAAGUUAUUAUCUUACCCGAUCUCAACCACCUUUCCUUACUGACAUGGCUAUUAAAGUAUAUGAACAUUUAACCGAAGAACCGGAAGAAAAAAAAAAAUGGCUAGAAAUUACAAUUCGUGCUGCCAUUAAAGAAUAUUAUACAAUUUGGAUGAGCCCUCCACGUUAUGAUCCUAUAACCGGUCUUAGUAGAUUUUAUCCAACUGGACUUGGUAUUCCACCGGAAACUGAAGCAAGUCACUUUGACCAUGUGAUUUUACCUUACGCAAAAAAAUUAGGACUUUCUAUUAAAGAAUAUGUAGCAAAAUAUCAAUCCCUGGAAAUUAGUGAACCUGGCUUAGAUGAAUACUUUUUACAUGAUCGUGCAGUUCGUGAAUCUGGUCAUGAUACUACUUAUCGUUUUGAAAAGAGGUGUGCACAUCUUGCCACUAUUGAUCUUAAUAGUUUGCUUUAUAAGUAUGAAGUUGAUAUUAGUGAAAUUAUUAGAUUAAUCUUUAAUAAUCAAUUCGAAUAUAAUGGAAUUAUUGAAACUAGUUCUACUUGGUCUGAAAGAGCUUUGUUACGUAAAAAGAGAAUUGAUAAAUAUUUAUGGAACGAAGAGAAAAGUUUAUAUUAUGAUUAUGACACCUCUAAAAAAGAACAAUCAGUUUAUGAAUCUGUUACUGCAUAUUGGGCACUUUGGGCCGGUUGUGCCAGUCACGAACAAGCUGAAAAUUUGGUAAAAAUAUCUCUCCCUAAAUUUGAAGUUCUUGGUGGACUUGUAAGUGGAACGGAAGAAUCUCGUGGAACAAUUGCACUUGAUCGUCCAAAUCGUCAAUGGGAUUACCCUUUUGGAUGGGCACCUCAUCAAAUUAUGGCAUGGCGUGGUCUUGAGAAUUAUGGAUAUAUGACAGAAGCACGUCGUUUAGCAUAUCGUUGGCUUUUUACAAUAACAAAAUCUUUUGUCGAUUUCAAUGGAGUAGUUCCUGAAAAAUACGAUGUUGUUACUUUAAAUCAUUUGCUUAAAGUGGAAUAUGGUAAUGUAGGUACAGAUUUCAAGUUUGUGCCUCGUGAGGGUUUCGGUUGGAUGAACGCUUCAUAUCAAGUUGGAUUGUCUUAUCUUACACAUCAUAUGGAGAGGGCUUUAGGAACUUGCACAAGCCCUGAAGUAUUUUUCAAGAAUAGAGAAGUCAAAUUACCUCCCAUGGAAUAUAAGGGAAGCAUAGACCUAGAAGAAAGUAAAAAUCAUGAGGAAAGCAAAAACCACGAAGAAAGCAAGAAUCAAGAAGAAAGCAAGUUUUGA